GGGGGUUCCGGGGUUUGAGCCUUCGCUAUAACCUCAAAUUUCAAGACAAACAUCGCGAGUUUGGCGUGUUCCGGGAAGAAGCAAAUUUACAGCUUUCAAUAUGAAUGGGUAUAAAAACAAAAAAUCCCUGAAGAGAAAAGCAAGUGAAAGUACAGAGAAACCUUCCGAUGGCAGUGUUAAUCAUGCAAGGGAAUUACUACAGUGGAUGAUAUCUCCUGUCCAAUUGCCAGACUUCCUCGAGACUUAUUGGGAGAAAAAGGCAUUGCUGGUCAGUCGGAAUAAUCCCCUGUACUUUAAGAAACUCGUAUCCCUGAAGGGUAUUGAUGAAGUCCUUAGGAAUGAAAGUGUUCUCUUCACGGAAAACAUCGAUAUAACUCUGUAUGAAGAUGGAGAGAGGAAGACUCUGAAUGAGACAGGAAGGGCCAUGGCAUCGAAUGUAUGGGAGUCCUAUAGGGAGGGUUGCAGUGUUCGUUUCCUAAAUCCACAGAUUUUUUUUCGCGAGAUCCACCUGCUGGAUGCUACGGUGCAGGAAUACUUUGAAUGCAUGGUGGGCAGCAAUAUGUACUUGACACCGCCAAAUAGUCAGGGAUUUGCUCCACACUAUGAUGACAUCGAGGCAUUUAUCCUGCAAGUGGAAGGGAAGAAGCGAUGGAGGUUGUAUGAGCCGAGGAAUCCCGAUGAAUACCUUGCUAGGGUGUCUUCGAGGAAUUUCUCACAGGAUGAAGUUGGAGAACCUUUUAUGGAUGUUGUCCUGGAGCCAGGGGAUUUACUAUAUUUCCCACGGGGUACUAUUCAUCAGGCUCACACUGUGGACAAUCACCAUUCUCUCCAUAUCACCAUUAGUACGUACCAAAAGUAUUCCUGGGCAGAUUACUUGGAAAAAGUUAUACCUGCUGCCUUGACGAUGGCUGUUGAAAAUGAUCCUGAUUUCCGACGAGGACUUCCAAUGGGACUUGCAUCGUAUGUGGGAAUUAGCCAUUCAGACAACAAAUGCCAGAAACGUGAGGAAUUCUUUGAGAAAACUAAAAAAUUCUUUGAAAAAUUGUUUCAAUACGCUCCCAUUGAUGAUGCUGUUGAUCAACUUCAGAAGCAAUGCCAGCACGAUUUCCUUCCUCCUGUACUCUCGGAGUCUGAGAGGAGAAAGACUGUAUCUUCCAGGCUGAAUCAAUUCAAUGACAAUGGCGAAUUCAUUCCGCACGGGAAGCUUUUCAGCGUGGACACGCGUUUCCGGCUGCUGCGCAAGAACAUUUACAGGAUUGUGGCAGAAGAGGACUCCCUGCGUCUCUACUACCACGUGAAUAAUUCCAAGGUUUACCACGAAUACGAAUCCGUUUACAUUGAAAUUGACACAGAAGUAGCUCCAGUGGCUGAAAAACUCAUCCACGUCUAUCCACAAUUUCUCUCAGCCGCUGACAUGAAUAUUUCGGAAGUGACCAAGAAGCAAUGCUUAAGAACAUUAACCAGCCUCUGGGAUCAUGGCCUACUGCAGACAGAAAAUCCCCUUGACCUCUAAAAUCCGCCCCAAAAAAAAUGUUCAAAAUAAAAGAAAAAUAAUUUGAAACCAAGAAA